ACGUGCUCAGGUACCGGACACUGAACCCGGUAAUUCAGAAACUGAAUUCAAAGGUGAUCAUGUUUUUGCUUUCACUUCGUGAAAUUGGCAUCAGAGAUACUGCAUGAUGCAACUGACGCAGACACUUAAAGCUAAACAACUUUGAAAGAAUGCGGCCAGUCGGUUACUUCUCAGCAUGUGUCGUUGCGGUCUGUUACUGUUUUUUUCUUUGUGACGGAGCUGGCUCCUUCUCAUUAGAAUUAGCGGGAAACGGAACGGGCGCUGACUCCCAGUUACAACAGAGAGCCCAGCUCUGGGAAUCUCGAAUUUUCCCGGAAGCAUAUCUUGGCCCGGCUCCGGCAUCAGUGGCUUUAAUAGGGCAACUUCUGGUUCUUUGUGCCAAAACCGAUGUCUCUUUGGUCGAACGCCCACCACUGGGAGGAUUCCGUUUCCUGCGCUACCCAUCAUCACUGCGCGCGUCAUUGGUGCAACUGGCUAAUGAAGCAUGGGAUGCCUUUCACGAUGCAUUCCACACUAUGACCUUUCUCCAGCUGGAAAUGCAACAAGUGCCGGCGCAUCUGCGCACUGUAGUUCGCGUACUGAAAGGUGCCCCGCUGUCCAUUUUACCCAGGAUGGUCAACAUUUCUCUCAACUCCAUCCGCUCGAUCGGCGAGGAAGCGGCAGCACGGGCCCGCAGUACGGCUCAUAAAUUUGGUCGUGUAAUGAACCUGACGGGAGAAAUCACCGAAGCGGUACAGUCCCGAAGGGGUGAAUAUGAAUGGCACUUAUGGGAAACGCGAUUGGAAAGGGCACAAAACGAUGCUCUCAAAGCAGCUUCCGAUCGGGAAAUCCAAGAACUGGAACAAAAACAGCGCGAGAUCGAUCAACAGGUACGCCAAGCGGAUGAAGCACAUGCAGAAGCGAUAAGACAAUUACCGACCGGGUUCAAGGCCUUUAAGCAGCGGCUGGCACACGCCGUCGUAGAUAUGCUUCCUUCUCUUCUGACUGGAUAUGUCCUCGGCGCUCCAGCUGCGGUGGGCUCCUCGGUAACAUCAACAAGUGCAACAGGUUCUUCGCAAAGCAUUCCUGCGAUCGAUCAUAAAGAGGCAUCCAAAGUAAUGGACGUGACAAAUUCCAUCGGCAACUACUUAAACCAAUCAAACUCGUCGUCAACAGAAACCGCACAAUCAUUCUUCCGCAACACAAGGGUAGUCCUAGAAGCGCUGUCACGUGCCGUCACUUCUCCCAAUGGCCAGCGCAUCCGUAAACUGAUUGACCAGGUUCUGGACGUUGUCGACCGUAUCAGCGAUAACGACGGAGAAAAAGAGUGGAAUGGUGCAAAGAACGCCACUGCCGAACUGAACCAGGAAGCACAGAACCUGUAUUCUGAAGCGCUGGCCCAACGCGACGAAGUUUUAAAUACGGACACCAACAUUCAGAUGGUUGCAAAUCUAGAAGGCCCGUUCGCUAACGAGCGCAUCAAAAUCUUCAUGACAGCCGAGUAUGCUAAGGAAAAAGCUAAAGUGCAAAUGAAGAUAUUGCAGCUGCGUUUAAACUCCUAUCGGUCAUAUUACCAGAUUAUUGGCCGUCUGGCCAUGCUGGAUAUGCAAACUGUGCGGUUCGAGGAAAUAAUCCAGCUACUAAAAGACGCCACACAGGUUCUCGGUCAGCUGCGUUACCAAUGGAGUGCGCUGAUUGACUUCUUCGCCGUAAUGACGUACCGGGUGGACCGCGCGGUCAAACACUCCUUCAUGCCACUAGCCGACGCCGUUGCAAUCGCUAGUUUGGCUGACACCGGUCGCGACGGCCGGGAAUUCAUCGCCACGCUGAUUGUUGACGAGUGUCAAGAGAUUCUGGGGCAGGCGUAUUUCCUUCGGGUGAUGGCUGGAAUGUAUCUUGAUGUCCAUGGAAAGCAUGUCAAUCAACAGUUAGCAGGAUUGUCCGCCCUGACUGGACUCAGCCCGGACCAGCGAACCGCCGCCCUGCACGCGCUACAACAACAAGCGCUGGCGGCGGAAACCGAUAUUAAGUCGCGGUUGGUAGUGCAGGUGACGGAACAGCUUCUCCUCAUCACCAGCCUCGUCGGAAAAGCUCAAGCUGACCUUCGACAAAUAGCUGUCCAGACUGUGAACUGAUUCUUUGUGAAAUCAAGCCAUGACUGAUUCAUUUUGAAGUGACUUUUUUGGCUAAAAAUGUCGUUUAGUUGUCCAUUUCAAAGACUGGGCACUGUUUUUUUUGGUCAAACUAACAAUGUAAGUUACUGUACUAAACCCUUAUUGAAUCGACAUAAAACAGCGUACACACGGC